AUGGCUGGUGAGAAUGUAGCCAGGCCCAGUGUGAGUCGCACGCGUCUUUGGUUAGCCGGCGUGUUGACAGACCCCGUACGUGGCCGGGUGCGUCCCGACGCCCAGUGUGAGGUCGCACGCGUCUUUGGGUUAGCCGGCGUGUUGACAGACCCCGUACGUGGCCGGUGCGUCCCGACGUAUGAGUGGGAGAUAUGA